AUGCCUUCCAACGCACUGUACUCGCAUCCUUUCUUCAAGGAUGUAGAUCUGAGCUCCAUGACUACAGACGAGCGCGUCUCUUUGUCAUACAAGCGCGCGCGCCUCAUCCUUCAGACGUACAGUGGGUUCUCCCUUCUUCUAUUCAAAGCACUCUUCGCUGAGAAGAGGGUACUGCUAGACCUCACCCUAUCCGAUGUGCUAGACUACAGUCCCAAGUUUUGGGACAUGCAUCUUGACCCAAUCAUCCCGCUCGACAUCGCAACCUUCACUAUUCUUGCUGCUCAUGUGAACCUGACGAUCGGUACUCUCGCUCGCUACGUCAAGGAUCGGCCAGAUCUGGAGCCUCUGCUAGCAUCUAUGCUGCGACUGGACACUGUAGGAAUCUAUCUCCUCAGUGAGCGCGGUCAUGGACUAGACUCCUUCAACGAUGAGACAACGGCAACGAGGAUGGCAAACGGCGAAUACAUACUGAACACGCCCAGGGAAGAAGCUACAAAGUAUAUUAAAAGUCGCUCAUUUCUACAUCACGAUCUGAGUUCACGUUACAGGUUCAUGCCUGCGAGUACUCCCUCGUUCGGUGUCCGCAAGGUUGCGCUCGUCUUCGCGCGACUGAUUGUCAACCAAGAGGAUCGCGGUCACCGCUGGUUCAUCGUCCCGAUCUGCGACGAGGUUCAGCUGUACCCAGGAAUCGUUUCGAAGCGCCUCCCGACGCGUAGCGGCACCUCUCCGCUCGACUUCUCCCUCACAUCUUUCCAUAACGUACGUCUUCCCGCAGGCGCUCUCCUCGGAUCAUCGCUCGAAGCACCCGUUUCCCCACACGACGCCUGGUGGACGGAAGUUUGGCGCAUUCCCUUGGGUAGCAUGGCCGUUGCUGCGCCGUUCGUCCAGGCCAUCAAGCACACCGCGUACAUCGGAGGUUCCUACUCCCUACACCGCUCCGUCGUUGGUCGUGGGCCGGUUCCCACUGCGAUCAUCAACUUCCCAACGCAACAAUGGCCGAUCCUGAGCGCCGUAGCCACCGGCAACGUCCUUGAAGCAUGGUACAGGACGCUCACUGCUAUCGUCGUCGAUCAGGCCGUAGAUCCUCGCGUGCGGCACGGUCUUUCCGUAGUGGCAAAGACGACCAUCAUGCGUCACUUCCAGCGUUGCGCUGAUGUGAUCUCCGAGCGUUGUGGCGCGCAGGGCACUUUCGAAAGCAACUUUAUCGCGCGAGCACUUGUCAGUAUCAUCUCUUUACACCCGUGUUCCUUGAGCUUACCCUGUUUAAAGUGCGAUUGCAAGGGAGUUAUCAUCGCCGAAGGCGACGUCCUCGCACUCUGCAUCCGCCUCUUUUCCGAGCUCCUCUUGAAGCGCUACAGUCUUCCCCUCCCUGCGGCCGAAAGCUCGGUCCUUGCUCGCCACGCUCACGACAUUCUCAACGAUGCGACGGCUCUUUCGCAAAGCAUGCCGGGUGGCCAUCGUAGUCAAACUUUCCAAUCCCUCAUUCUCCCGCAAUCCGAGGACUCGAUCGCCGCCUUCGGACACGCGAUGGCAUACGCUGCUGCGAAGGCCGCCGGAGUUUCCAAGCGCAUGCUCGACAUUUACGAGCUUAACGUCAUCGAGCUCGAUGCAGUUUGGUACUCGGAGAAAUCCGGCAUCGGGAAGCUCGAGCUCUUGAAGAGGCGGUCCGAGGCCAUGGCCGUGUCGUUCCCUCAUCUGCGUGAGGACCUUGACAAACUGGGUGUCGAGAAGCACGUUCAGGCACCAAUCGUAGAGGAUAGAUUGUUGAAGGCUAGCUUCAAAAGGCUCCCGACCUAUCGCGGUCCGUCGUCCCAAGAGGAGGAGUCAAGGGCGGAGCAUCUGCUUACCGCUAGACUCUGA